AUGGCCCUUCUAGCCAUCGCCCUGUACUACGUUCUACCCAGUGACUGGAGUCUCGGAAGCCCCAGCACAGUGACGCUUCCAGAAACGUUGCUGUUUGUGUCAACCCUGGACGGCAGCUUGCACGCCGUGAGCAAGAGGACCGGCUCCAUCAAAUGGACUUUAAAGGAAGACCCAGUCCUCCAGGUUCCAACACACGUGGAAGAGCCUGCGUUCCUCCCAGAUCCCAAUGAUGGUAGCCUCUAUACCCUUGGGGGCAAGAACAAUGAAGGCCUCACGAAACUUCCCUUUACCAUCCCAGAGUUGGUGCAGGCCUCCCCGUGCCGAAGCUCAGAUGGAAUUCUCUACAUGGGUAAAAAGCAGGACAUUUGGUACGUUGUCGACCUUCUGACCGGGGAGAAGCAGCAGACGCUGUCGUCGACCUUCGCAGAAAGUCUGUGCCCGUCCACCUCGCUUCUGUACCUCGGGCGGACAGAGUACACCAUCACCAUGUACGACACCAGAUCCCGGGAGCUCCGCUGGAACGCAACCUACUUUGACUACGCCGCCUCACUGCCCGAGGACGACCUGGACUACAAGAUGUCCCACUUCGUGUCCAAUGGCGACGGGCUGGUGGUGACCGUGGACAGUGAAUCCGGGGACGUCCUUUGGAUCCAAAACUACGCCUCCCCUGUGGUGUCCCUUUACGUCUGGCAGCGGGAGGGCCUGCGGAAGGUGAUGCACAUCAACGUCGCCGUGGAGACCCUGCGCUACCUGACCUUCAUGUCCGGGGAGGUGGGGCGCAUCACCAAGUGGAAGUACCCCUUCCCCAAGGAGACGGAGGCCAAGAGCAAACUCAUGCCCACCCUGUAUGUUGGGAAAUACUCUACCAGCCUGUAUGCCUCCCCCUCCAUGGUGCAUGAAGGGGUCGCAGUCGUGCCCCGCGGCAGCGCUCUUCCCUUGCUGGAAGGCCCCCAGACCGACGGGGUCACCAUUGGCGACAAGGGCGAGUGCGUGAUCACGCCCAGCACGGACCUGAAGUUUGACACUGCUCUCAAAGGGAAGAACAAGCUCAACUACCUGAGGAACUACUGGCUUCUGAUAGGCCACCACGAAACGCCGCUGUCCGCCUCAACCAAGAUGCUGGAGAGGUUCCCCAACAACCUGCCCCGGCAUCGGGAGAACGUGAUUCCUGCCGACGCCGAGAAGAAGAGCUUCGAGGAGGUCAUCCACCUGGUAGACCAGGCGGCCGAGAGCUCGCCCACCACCGUCACCCAGGAUGUGGAAGAGAAGUUCGCCCCCGCCAAGCCCGAGGCCCCUGUGGACUCUGUGCUCAAGGACAUGGCCACCAUCAUCCUGAGUACCUUCCUGCUCAUUGGCUGGGUGGCCUUCAUCAUCACCUACCCCAUGAGCAUGCACCAGCAGCAGCAGCUGCAGCACCAGCAGUUCCAGAAGGAACUGCAGAAAAUCCAGCUCCUGCAGCAGCAGCAGCUGCCCUUCCACCCAGCCUCCGACUCGGCGCUGGACUCGGAGCCCCUGGACACCUCUGGCCUCUAUUCGGAGAGCUCGGCCACCAGCAGCCCCAGCACGUCCCCCAGAGCCUCCAACCACUCCCUGCACUCCAGCGGCUCCACCUCCAAGGUCGGAGCCUGCCCCUUCCCGGACCAGGAUGAUGAGGACGAGGAGACCAGCAUGGUGUUAGUUGGGAAAAUUUCAUUUUGUCCCAAGGACGUCUUGGGCCACGGAGCAGAGGGCACAAUUGUGUACAGAGGCAUGUUCGACAGCCGAGACGUGGCCGUGAAGCGGAUCCUCCCCGAGUGUUUCAGCUUCGCGGACCGCGAGGUGCAGCUGCUGCGGGAGUCAGACGAGCACCCCAACGUGAUCCGUUACUUCUGCACGGAGCGGGACCGGCAGUUCCAGUACAUCGCUAUCGAGCUGUGCGCAGCCACGCUGCAGGAGUACGUGGAACAGAAGGACUUGGCCCACCUUGGCCUGGAGCCCAUCACCUUGCUGCAGCAGACCACCUCGGGCCUGGCUCACCUCCACUCCCUCAGCAUCGUUCACAGAGACCUGAAGCCCCACAACAUCCUCCUGUCCAUGCCCAACGCACACGGCAGGGUCAAGGCCAUGAUCUCCGACUUCGGCCUCUGCAAGAAGCUAGCAGUCGGCAGGCACAGCUUCAGCCGCCGAUCCGGGGUGCCCGGCACAGAGGGCUGGAUCGCCCCCGAGAUGCUGAGCGAGGACUGCAAGGAGAACCCUACUUACACGGUGGACAUCUUCUCUGCGGGCUGUGUCUUUUACUACGUCAUCUCUGAGGGCAGCCACCCCUUCGGCAAGUCCCUGCAGCGACAAGCCAACAUCCUCCUGGGAGCCUACAGCCUGGACUGCUUACACCUGGAGAAGCAUGAGGACAUCGUCGCGCGUGAGCUAAUAGAGAAGAUGAUCGCGAUGGACCCCCAGACGCGCCCCUCGGCGAAGCAGGUGCUCAAGCACCCCUUCUUCUGGGGCCUGGAGAAGCAGCUGCAGUUCUUCCAGGACGUGAGCGACCGGAUCGAGAAGGAGGCCCUGGACGGCCCGAUCGUGAAGCAGUUGGAGCGAGGCGGGAGAGCCGUGGUGAAGAUGGACUGGCGGGAGAACAUCACCGUCCCCCUCCAAACAGAUCUGCGCAAAUUCCGGACCUACAAGGGGGGCUCUGUCCGGGAUCUCCUCCGCGCCAUGAGAAAUAAGAAACAUCACUACCGCGAGCUGCCUGCCGAGGUGCGCGAGACGCUGGGCUCGAUCCCCGAGGACUUUGUGCGCUACUUCACAGCCCGCUUCCCCCACCUCCUGUCGCACACCUACCGGGCCAUGGGGCUCUGCCGCCACGAGAGGCUCUUCCAGCCCUACUACUGCCAGCAGCCCCCCGACCCCCAGCCCCCCUGCCUCCCGGCAGCGCCCCCUGAGUCAGGACAGAUGCCCCUCUAUGCACAGCCCCAGCUAGACUGAGGGACUGGCCUCUGUAACCCAGGGGCGCCGCCUCCCGGCUCGGCAGGGAGACCAGGCAGCCCAACCAAGUGCCUUGAGAUGCCGCUGCGUGAGCCAGCAGAGGACCGCGCGCGCCCAGGAAGGGGCCGAGCACACCUUGCCCUCAGCUGGCUGUCCACAGUGGAGGGCUCGUCCCGAAUCCUGCUGGAUGAGUGUGUCAGCCUUUCCUCCUUCCACCAUGCCUGUGUGACGCCAGCCUUUCAGGAAGGGAGAGGACGCCAUCCGGGGUGCUGCCAACCUGCUGGACCAGGAGGGAGGCUGAGGACAUGCCGCAGGCCGCCCCUCCAAGGGGGGCACGAGAGGGAAGGACGCCCGGGAAGAGGAGGGCACCUGGGGAGGGGAGAUGCCACCGCCAUCCCCCCAUGAGCCCGGGUCCCUGUUAGCCCACCUUGAGCAGGGCCGCGGCGCAGACCAGACGGGUCCACGGUACGUUCUAGAAGGUGGGCUCACUUCUGGAGAUUUCUCUCAGGCACCAAGAGGACACUGUUCUGAAGGCAGCUGAGGGCUGCCUGGCACACUGGUGGCCUGAGCAGUGGCCUGGGGACAGACGGGACAGGCCUCGGAACUGCAGCAGGCAGGCUGAGCUGGACCCUCAAGGCCACCCAGGAGCCCUGAGCCAGCUGGUGGGUGGCAAGACCAGCAGGAAAGGGCAUGCACAGCAAGUUGGGGCCAAGGCCAAGGUCACUGUGCACUUAGGCUUUUACGGUUUUCUUGGCAAAUUUUAAUAACUCUAUAUUUUGAUCAAGCUGUAGAAUUCUACUUUAGCUGUAAGUAAGGUAAACACUUUCCGCUGACCCAUGAGGACGAGCUGUGCGCUGCAGUACGUCUCCCACUUUGAGUGGCUAGAGCACCAAAGCCCCCCGUUCCCCCAAGCAAGAGCCCUUCCCGCCGGAGUCACACACAGCAGCACCAGAGAGUCGUACCCGGCAACCCCCAAGUAAUGCUUUCUAAUGACGCCAAUCCCUGUCAACGUUUCCUGAAGCUACUGAGAUUUGGAGCGCUUGUUCCAGUGCCACCCCCACCCCCGCUGUCUCUCCUCUACCGAGAGCCUUGGAGGGUGACACAGGGUGCCUGUGAGGGGGUAAGAGGGAGGAGGGCGCAGGCAGGUUUAUCCUGGCUGCCCCAGACCACUGCCACUGCUUCCUCUCCCACGGUUCCCCAGUGCAAUUCUCUCAGGCCUCGCUCACCCAGGGAGGGCUCUUCUUGGGCUCAGGUGGAAGCCCGCCCUUUCUUCCCUUCUCCAGAACCUCCAGCUUUAAGCCUUGUCUUUAAACCUCACUUCCCCCUGGAGCCCAGGGGAUGUCUCCUCUCCAGGAACACUGCCAGGUGGUCUUCCCCACCUCACAUGGAGGCCCCAUCGUCCCCGGGAGCCCCGAGCAAGGGUCCAAGGGUGGAGAAAGUGCCACAUGUGACCUCCCGGGGCUGCGCGCUCUGUCCUGCUACAGGGCCACUGUCACACACGUCCCCAUCGCUGACUCCCUCUCUCAGAGGCAGCCAGGCAAACUGGCUGCUCAGUGUUGGCGGCACCCCCAGUUAGCCGCUGGGGGAGCUUCUUUCUUCGUCAGUCCCCAAGCACCCGCCCUUCCCUGACUCGGCCAUCCAGUGCAGCGGGGGUGAAGGCCAAGGCCCUGCCUUCCUAAGUGUGUCCUGUGGGAGACAGCGAUACAAUGCCGGCCCAGCGAGGAAAACCCUAGUGUGGGGGAGGCACACUUGGCUUCUGCCUUAAAACGGGCUGCCCCAGCGUCCACCUGCUGCCGGAUUCCUGUCCAUCACCCCCUAGAACCCAGCCACUCGAUCCCUCCGUAGCUCGGGCGAACUGGUGGGGGCCUUGUCCUGAGUCAGACCUUGGGCGACAUCCCCUCUGUCCAUACCCUGCUAUUUUCUAGAAGCCUACUGCCUGUCACCCCACAGCAGUGGGCAGCGGUCUGAGGGAGACAUCGUGUGUCCUGUCCUCCCUGUGCUGCUGGGCAUCUACUGCCCGUGUGCAGGUCCUGAGAGGUCCUUGUCUUCGUUUUGAAGACAGUUCAUAUCUGUUGGGGACACAGGAACGCACGCCUGCCUUUGGGCCUCUCACUGUUUGUGGAGCCUCUGGAAGACUCCCCGCCCUGCGCUGGACACCGACCCUCCUGUGGGCAGACCCCAAAGUCCUGGGCAAAGGCGUUUCCUCGGGCAACAGUCAUCAACAGGCGCUGUCCAGUGGCACGUCCGUCACUCUGACCAGUGACACACAUUGUAUUGGAAGGUCCACCAGCCAGAGUAUUUCUCCCGCCCCUUGUGGGCACCAGCCCCACCCUCCCCUUCCUGGGAGGCCUCGUGUUCUGUGUCUGUGCUCGCGAGUUCUCCUCUCAGGCGCCUCCGUUGCACCAGGUUCCCAGCCUCCAUCUGGCUGGGACUGGGCCAGCUCCGCGCGCUCGGCCAUCGGGAAGGCGGGCCCCUCUGUCCGCACGGCUUGGCCCAGCUUCCCCGGCCGGCUCUUUGUGUUUCUGACACUGCUGCUCUCUGCAUCGCCCGGCGUUUCUCCUCGUUGCCCUUUCUUCGCCAGUCUGGCCUUGACUUUGCCCCAAGAAAGUCCCCAGGGUUCCCAAAAAGCAGGCAGGCAGAGGGCCUGCCACCCUGCAUGGGCCGUCGCCUUUUAAACCGAAGUGUCUGCACUCUCCGUGCCCGAGGCUUCCCUCUAGCUGGCUUCCCCAGAGGCCGCUGCCCGCCCCGUGCCGCUGCCCUUGUGUCCUCCUGCCCACGGAAGCUCCUCGUGGGCCUCGCGCCUGGAGGAGCCUUAACUAAUGCCUCCGGCCGAAGCCCGGCCCUCCCCACACUCUGUGUUUGGUGGCGGAUACAGUGUUCUUUGUGAGUACCCCACAAGCUGUGACGGGGCACCCCACCGCCUGGAAAGCAUUCCCAGUCACCCGCACCGCACCGCGGUCG